UGUCGUAGUCGUGUUACAAGUGUGAUUAGUGUAGUUCAUUAAUAUUCUCAUCGCAGUGGUUUUGUUUUAUUUACCUUGUAUUAAACCACUGCAGUGACCUUAUACGACGAAAAUAUUUUUUUAAGUGAUUACUUUAUUUAUGUGUUUUAUAUGUGUUUUUUUACCAUUAGUUGAUGAUUCAAUAACAUAAUUGCCUGAAGAGAUUCACGUGAUAUCCUUGAGGCGUGCCAUUACUCAUUAAUUAAAUAGAUCUAUCUGUAACAUCCAAGGCUGUGCUAAUAAAGCAGUGUUUGUGAGUUUAGUGGCUAUUAUGACAAUUUUUAAUACAUAAUGGGCGAAGAUAGCGACCAUGGGUACGGGCGGACGACAAAUAAGAAUGUGCUCUUGAAAAUUGUUAUAUUGGGAGAUGGAGGUGUUGGCAAAUCGUGCCUGAUGGGCAGGUUCAUAUCAAAUCACUUCGAUGACCACAACUUUCAUACGAUAGGCGUGGAGUUCAUGAACAAGACAUUGGACGUUAACGGCAAGCAGUACACUUUACAGAUCUGGGACACAGCUGGUCAAGAGAGGUUCAAAUCUCUGAGGACACCAUUCUACAGAGGGACAGACAUUUGCAUAUUGGCAUAUGCAAUUGAUGAUAGGAGUUCCUUCAACAACAUUAAAACUUGGUUGAACGAGUUCCUACAUUAUGCUGGAGUGAAGAACGGGAUUGAGAAGUUUCCUUUCAUUGUUGUUGGUAAUAAGUCAGAUGUAUCGUCGAAGGACCGAGAGGUAACACACGAGCAAUUGAAGCAGUGGUGUGAUGAGAACAAGAUCUCCACGUACUUGGAAACGUCGGCAAAAACUGAUAGCAAUGUGGUUGAAGCCUUCUCGCAAUCUGUACAGAGGUGGGCCGACUUGGAACAGAAAGCGGAAAAGGAGCUGAGGAUGUACCAUCAUCCCGACACGGUCACCCUCCACGGCUCCAGCGUCACAUCCAGCUUCCGAGCCACUUGCUGCUCGCGUUUCACAUCAGAAACAUAAAUUAUUGUUACAGUGAACCACUGACCUCUAUUACACUGGGGUGGAUGGCUGUCCGUGUCCAACUCGAAACUUGUCCCCAUUUGAAGCGCCUGUGAUAUAAGAGUGUCUCGGGAAUUAAUAAUAUCGUGUUUUGUGUAAUUUGCGUUCCUUAGACACCCGUAAUACAGCAUCACACAAAAGGACUGGUUGUCCGUAUACAAAUGACAGCCUAAAGUUUGUCCCCAUUUGAAGCGCCUAUGACAUACGAGUGUCUUCGGAACUAAUAGUAUUGUGUUUUUUGUCAUUUUAAUUCCUUGGA